AUGGAAAGUUCAACCUCGGGAGAACAUGAGAAUUCGAAAUCAAAUGAUGAAAUCUCGAAUUGUGAAGGAACCCGAUGGAUAUGUCCAAGUUGCAAAUUAAUGUUAAACGAUGCAAAUCAAUUGGGAGCACAUCUUUUAAUGGCAACUCCCGGUCAUUCAUUUGAUUUUGAUGUCCCAUAUUCAUGUCCUGAAUGUGCUGUACCUAUUUCACAAUUGAAUGACUUGAGAGAGCACAUGUCAACACAUGCCCCAAAUGCCUAUCAAGCGACUCCUUCUACUUCAAACACAAAUUCACCAAAAAAGAACGUUACUCCUCUUGUAAAUAAAAUUGCUCCUCCUGAAGAUCCAAGCACAAAAAUGAUGGUAGCCAAUUCACCGACAAUUGCAGAGGGAAUCAUUCCAAACAACAUGGUUCCAAAGCUUUUAUCGGGAAGUCAAAUAAUUGGAAAUCUUUCUUUACUCCAUGGAGAUCCUCGAAAACACAAAAGAAGAGAUCUUGUUGCAACUAAUCGAAACGCACGAUCAAAGCCAAUGACGGCGGAAAAGCUUCUUGCACUUUCUUGUAUGCAAUGCGGUCUGAUCUUUGAGAAUCGAUGUAAAUACACGAGGCAUUUACUGGAUCAUAAAAUGGAAUCAACUCCAUAUCGUUGUCCGAUGAAAGGAUGCAUGAUGAGUUAUGAUAUAAAACAAAAACUACGAAGUCAUGUGCAGAGAAAGCAUCCUGAUAUCUCUGAAGCAUCAAUUGAACUGGCGUGUGUUCAAGGAGAUUCCAUUUUUGCUCCCAAAACAUUAGCUAACAUAAAUGUUGCAGCAUUCUUGACACAACAAAAACUUUUAACUGAAUCUCCGCCAAUUCUUCAAAAAACUCUACAAGCUAAAGAAGAGCUAGUUGAAAUCGAUGAAGAAAAUAGCAGUGAAGCAGUUGACAUGUCACAACUUUUUGCUAAUGAUUCAACCACGCAAAUUAAAGCUGAAGAAAACAGUGAUUCCAAAUACACUUUAUUGGAAAACGGGUUGCUCUCAAGGAAUGGACGGAAAAGAAAAAUUCCAACUCAAUUCUCACCU